GGGGGCAGCUCCCCGACGGAGGAACCAGCCCUCGCCUUCCCGGUCAGCGAAGAGCAGAGGCGGGAACUGCGAGAAGCCUUUGAGCUGUUCCAUCCUGAUGGCUGCGGCGUCGUGGAUGUCCGGGCCCUGAAGAUAACCGUAAGGGCUCUGGGCUGUGAAUUGGGGAAAGAGGAGAUGAAGAGAAUUGUCUCUCAAUUCGGUAAAGAAGGGUCAGGGAAGCUAAGCUUUAAGUCGUUUCUGCAGGUGAUGACUCAGAAAAUGGCAGAGCCCUGUGUGGAAAAGGAGAUCCUGCAAGCCUUCAAGGUGUUUGAUUGUGAUGGCACUGGCAAGAUCUCCUUUGAGAAUCUCAAGGUGGUGGCUAGUGAGGUUGGAGAAGACAUCACGGAUGAGGAGCUGCAGGAGAUGAUCGAUGAAGCAGAUGUGAAUGGAGAUGGAGAAGUGGACAAACAGGAGUUCCUACGGAUGCUGACGCUCACCGACCCGUAA